CUGCGCAAGUCACUGGCGCCAAGAUGGCGCUGGAGAUGAGGCUUCCAGCGGUUCGCAGGCCUCUCAGCGAGACCCUGGGCCGCGACUCUAAGAAACACCUGGUGGUGCCGGGAGACACGAUCACUACGGACACGGGCUUCAUGCGAGGUCAUGGAACGUAUAUGGGGGAAGAGAAGCUCCUUGCGUCUGUGGCUGGCUCUGUGGAGAGAGUGAACAAGCUGAUCUGCGUGAAAGCUCUCAAAACCAGAUACAACGGUGAAGUAGGAGACAUUGUAGUGGGCAGAAUCACAGAGGUUCAGCAGAAGAGGUGGAAGGUGGAGACUAACUCUCGGCUGGACUCAGUCUUGCUGCUUUCGUCCAUGAACCUGCCUGGAGGAGAGCUGAGGAGGAGAUCAGCAGAAGAUGAGCUUGCCAUGAGAGGUUUCUUGCAGGAAGGGGACCUCAUCAGUGCUGAGGUCCAGGCGGUGUUCUCAGAUGGCGCUGUCUCCUUGCACACGAGGAGUCUGAAAUACGGAAAGCUAGGUCAGGGCGUUUUGGUGCAAGUGUCGCCCUCUCUGGUGAAGCGGCAGAAGACUCACUUCCAUGACUUGCCCUGCGGAGCCUCUGUGAUUCUGGGUAACAACGGCUUCAUCUGGAUCUAUCCAACCCCCGAGCACAAAGACGAGGAUGCUGGGGGCUUCAUUGCCAACCUGGAGCCUGUCUCUCUUGCUGAUCGAGAGGUGAUCUCCCGGCUCCGGAACUGCAUUGUCCUGCUGGUGACCCAGAAGAUGCUGCUCUAUGACACCAGUAUCCUGUACUGCUACGAGGUGUCCCUCCCCCAUCAGAUCAAAGACAUCUUGAAGCCAGAUGUAAUGGAGGAGAUUGUACUGGAGACACGCCAGCGGCUUUUAGAACAGGAGGGCUGAGGAGGGCUCCUGAAGAUGGGACUGUGGACCUUGCUGGAGAUGUGGAUGGGAGGAGUCGGUGGCCUCGGAUGGAUCUGACACUCUUUACUCGCCUGCUUCUCUGCCACAUGGCUGCCUUCAGCUCAGGGCCUGCCCACUGCUGUGCUGUGCUGGUGCAGCCUGGGUGGAAGUGAACGCCGCCCCUGGCCCCUUGGGUCCUGGCUGAGUCCCGGUGCAGCUGUUGGUUUUUAGGUCCUCAGAGUGAGCAGCAUCCAGUUAGAUGACACUGCCCCCCUUGGCCUCAAUUCUGGAAUAAUACGGAAUUCUUGUCUUCCACUCCCUGUCACUUACAAGGCGUGUGCCUGGUGAGGUAGUCAAUAGAAAACACGGCAUUGCCAACCAUUU